UAUUUUUAAAGCGACACAACCACCAUGGACGCUGUACCCAAGCGUGUUUUGAAGUACUUGACAGAAGUCGAGGAGGCAGCUGAGGAUGUUCUCACCACGAGACAACAGAUAGUGGACUUGGACACGAAGAGAAACGGGAACCGAGAGGCGUUGAACGCACUGAAAAACGAAAUGUCAGAUUCAGAGAAAGUGAAGGUUUGCCUCGGAAACAUGUUCAUCAAAUUCCCCAAAUCGAAGACGAGAGAAAUGAUCCAGAAAGACCAAGAGCAGCUGGACAAGGAGAUAAACAACCUUCGCACAGGACUGAAGGCAAAAGUCAACCGUCUAAAUGAAAUACAAGGGAAACCUCAGCUGAGAGGCUACAAUCUUUCUCCCCUGUCCACCGAGGAAAUCAGAGCUGUCAACAGCCUUUUAAAGAGAUGCUGAACCGCUGAAAGGACGAUAAGAGAAGAAAACAUGUUGGCAAGAUGCUGAAGAGCGUCUGCGACCUCUGGAGCAGCUCAUGCUAACUACGUUAGCCUCCUGGGUGUCCCGGGGAUGUAAUUGACCUCUCCAUCACUGGCCUUUCUGACAUUUAAAAAAAAAUAUAUAUCUUGACAAACAUUGUGUCCUUGGUCUAAAAACUAGAAAAAAGAGCAACGUUAAUACAAAGUGUAUUCUAGCCACUCUUUCCUCUCACUUGUCAAAGUUCAAUUCCAAUGUGUUGUGUUUUAAAUCGACUGCAGUGAACCUGCACUUUGUAAAUAGAGAUGUUCCCGUAUUGCAUCUUUUUCAAGUGUCCUGCCAAAAACUACAUUUGAUAAGAUAACAUUUGAACACCUGAUGAUAAUGUUAAUAAUUUAUAAUGUUUUACUGAGUAUAGCUUGCACGCAGAAUGAUGCAACCUCUGUUAACGUUAGCUGAUUAGCAUUGCUAUUUCACCGUCUGCUAAUGGCUGUGAGUUUCAGAGUGUAGGUGUAAAAAGUCGUCACAGGUGUUGACAGAGUAGAGGGCCAGCACGUAUCAUCAUUGUUUUGGAGUCCUGUCUUCUGUGCUCUGGUCCUUUGACAGUCGGCUAUGAGCCACGCUCACAGCUAGCACUUUAUUUAGUGGUAACACAUUUAAGUUGGAAAUAAAGUACGCUUGUUCACAACCUG